GGUUUGCAGGGAGAGAGCCUCGCUGUGAAAACCAGGACAACUCCUCUCAUCCCUGUUGCAAAAAAAAAAAAAAAAAAAAAGACAGACAGGCUGGAAAACGGUGGGGUGGAGUACAGGAAACGGCUGUCCCCGAAUAUCUGACCAUGGGCGAAUUGUAAUAACCGCAUAAAUCACAGAUUUUCUCUGUUAACAUACCAGGAGCCGCGGAGAUUUUGUUUUUUUCUGGCUGAAUUGGUGAUUUAAUCGAAGAGCAAGAUGUCUCGGGGAGUGAUUCAGCCCAGCCAACAGAAACUGGCAGAAAAACUCACCAUCCUCAACGACAGAGGCAUCGGGAUGUUGACCCGGGUUUACAAUAUUAAAAAGCAAGGACAAGUUUGGAAGGCAUGUGGCGAUCCCAAGGCUAAGCCCUCCUAUCUGGUUGAUAAGAACUUGGAGUCGGCUGUUAAAUUUAUCGUCAGGAAGUUCCCUGCUGUGGAGACGCGGAACAACAACCUGGCUCAGCUGCAGAAGGAGAAGUCAGAGAUUCUCAAGAACCUGGCUCUGUACUAUUUUACCUUCGUAGAUGUCAUGGAGUUCAAGGACCAUGUGUGUGAGCUGCUGAACACCAUUGAUGCCUGCCAGGUCUUCUUCGACAUUACAGUGAACUUUGACCUGACCAGGAACUACCUGGACCUGGUGGUGACCUACACCACUCUGAUGAUGCUACUGUCACGGAUCGAGGAGAGGAAAGCCAUCAUAGGACUGUACAAUUACGCCCACGAGAUGACACACGGAGCAAGUGACAGGGAGUACCCCAGGUUGGGCCAGAUGAUUGUGGAUUAUGAGAACCCACUGAAGAAGAUGAUGGAAGAGUUUGUUCCACAUGCAAAGUCCCUGUCAGAUGCGUUGAUCAGCCUUCAGAUGGUCUAUCCCAGGAGGAAUCUGUCGGCCGACCAGUGGAGGAACGCCCAGCUGCUCUCUCUCAUCUCUGCACCCUCCACCAUGCUCAACCCUGCUCAGUCAGACACGAUGCCAUGUGAAUACCUGUCAUUGGACACAAUGGAGAAGUGGAUUGUGUUUGGUUUCAUCCUGUGCCAUGCGGUGCUGAACAGUGACGCAGCAGCAUUGUCGUUGUGGAAGCUGGCUCUGCAGAGCUCCUCCUGCCUCUGUCUGUUCAGGGAUGAGGUUUUCCAUAUCCACAAGGCUGCAGAGGACCUAUUUGUUAACAUCAGAGGGUACAACAAACGCAUCAAUGACAUCAGAGAGUGCAAGGAACAGGCCCUGUCUCAUGCUGGCUCCAUGCACAGAGAGAGACGCAAGUUCCUCAGAUCAGCUCUGAAGGAGUUGGCCACUGUCUUAGCUGACCAGCCUGGACUUUUGGGACCUAAGGCCUUGUUUGUGUUCAUGGCGUUGUCGUUUGCCCGUGACGAGAUCAUCUGGCUGCUUCGACAUGCAGACAACAUCCAGAAGAAAAGCACAGAUGACUUCAUUGACAAACACAUAGCAGAGCUGAUCUUCUACAUGGAGGAGCUCAGAGCUCAUGUCAGGAAGUACGGCCCUGUGAUGCAGCGAUACUACGUCCAGUACCUGUCUGGCUUUGAUGCUGUGGUUCUCAAUGAGCUGGUGCAGAACCUGUCUGUGUGUCCAGAGGAUGAGUCAAUCAUCAUGUCUUCCUUUGUCAACACUAUGACUUCUCUCAGUGUCAAACAAGUGGAGGACGGAGACGUGUUUGACUUCAGAGGCAUGAGACUGGACUGGUUCAGACUGCAGGCAUACACCAGUGUGUCUAAAGCCAGUCUGGGUAUAGCUGAUCACAGGGAGCUGGGUAAAAUGAUGAACACCAUCAUCUUCCACACCAAGAUGGUGGAUUCCCUGGUGGAGAUGCUGGUUGAGACCUCAGACCUAUCUAUAUUCUGUUUCUACAGCCGUGCAUUUGAGAAGAUGUUCCAGCAGUGCUUGGAGCUGCCCUCCCAGAGCAGACACUCCAUCUGCUUCCCUCUGCUCUGCACACACUUCAUGUCCUGCACACACGAGCUCUGUCCUGAGGAGCGUCACCACAUAGGGGAUCGGAGCCUGUCACUGUGCAACAUGUUCCUGGAUGAGAUGGCCAAACAAGCCAGGAACCUGAUCACUGAUAUCUGCACUGAACAGUGUACACUCAGCGACCAGCUGCUUCCAAAGCACUGUGCAAAGACCAUCAGCCAGGCUGUGAACAAGAAGAGUAAGAAGGCGACAGGGAAGAAGGGCGAGCCGGAGAGAGAGAAACCAGGCGUGGAGAGCAUGAGGAAGAACAGGCUACUGGUCACCAAUCUGGAUAAGCUCCACACGGCAUUGUCUGAACUGUGCUUCUCCAUCAACUACGUUCCCAACAUGGUGGUCUGGGAGCACACAUUUACACCCAGAGAGUACCUCACCUCGCAUCUGGAGAUCCGAUUUACUAAGUCUAUAGUGGGGAUGACCAUGUACAACCAGGCUACUCAGGAGAUAGCCAAGCCCAGCGAGCUGCUGACCAGCGUCAGGGCCUACAUGACCGUGCUGCAGUCCAUAGAGAACUACGUCACCAUCGACAUCACCAGAGUCUUCAACAAUGUCCUGCUGCAGCAGACGCAGCACCUGGACAGCCAUGGGGAGCCCACCAUCACCAGUCUGUACACCAACUGGUACUUGGAGACAUUGCUCCGUCAGGUCAGUAACGGACACAUCGCCUACUUCCCCGCUAUGAAGGCCUUCGUCAACCUGCCCACCGAGAACGAACUGACAUUCAACGCCGAGGAAUACUCAGACAUCUCUGAGAUGCGGUCUCUGUCGGAGCUGCUGGGGCCGUACGGUAUGAAGUUCCUCAGCGAGAGUCUGAUGUGGCACAUCUCUUCACAGGUUGCUGAGCUGAAGAAACUUGUGGUGGACAAUGUGGAGGUAUUGACCCAGAUGAGGACCAGCUUUGACAAACCGGACCACAUGGCAGCGCUCUUCAAGAAACUCACCUCUGUGGACAGUGUUUUGAAGAGAAUGACCAUCAUCGGAGUGAUCUUGUCCUUCCGCUCCCUGGCUCAGGAAGCUCUGAGAGACGUUUUGUCUUGCCAUAUUCCGUUCCUGGUCAGUUCAGUGGAGGAUUUCAAGGACCACAUCCCCCGAGAGACAGACAUGAAGGUGGCAAUGAACGUCUAUGAGCUGUCGUCAGCAGCAGGUUUGCCCUGCGAGAUCGACCCUGCACUGGUGGUGGCUCUUUCCUCUCAAAAGAGUGAGAACAUCAGCCCAGAGGAGGAGUACAAGAUCGCCUGCCUGUUGAUGGUGUUUGUGGCUGUUUCCAUGCCAACGCUAGCAAGCAACGUGAUGUCACAGUACAGCCCCGCCAUAGAAGGCCACUGUAACAACAUCCACUGCCUGGCCAAAGCCAUCAACCAGAUCGCUGCAGCUCUCUUCACCAUCCACAAGGGAAGCAUAGAGGACCGCCUCAAAGAGUUCCUUGCUCUGGCCUCUUCCAGCCUGUUGAAAAUUGGCCAGGAAACGGACAAGAUGACGACACGCAACCGAGAGUCUGUGUACCUGCUGCUGGACAUGAUCGUCCAGGAGUCCCCCUUCCUGACCAUGGACCUGCUGGAGUCUUGUUUCCCUUACGUCCUGCUGCGUAACGCCUACCACGCCGUCUACAAACAGAGCAUCAGCGCUAACGCAUAGACACACACGUCGCUCACACACACUACACGACUCCAACCACGCUGACUCUAAACCGCCGUAGCGCUAACGCAUACACACUAAACCACUGGAGCAUCAGUGCUCAUGCAUCAACACAUAAAGGAAAUACACACUAAACAGCACCUGUGAUACCAUCUACAAACUGCAUCAGUGCAAAACAAGCAGAAGUGCACACUAAAUCCACACUAAACGCACACAGAACACAUCUAACUGUGCCUGCAGUGCCAGCACUCACCACUCUGUCAUCAGCACAUCAGCAUAAGCAUGUUAACACACACACUCAUGUUACACCCACUGCACACGCCACGCCAACCAUGAAUCAGUGCAACACACCACACCCAUGCUAAAAUACAGAACAAACACACUAAACAGACACUAAAAAUACACUUGAAACGCCGCAGGAACACACAAAAUCUCUCCAUGCAGUGUAUGACGACAGCACACACUCCACACUUAGAAAUACACACAAACAUGAACUACAGUCAGCGCUACCAUAUGAACACUACACACACACACUACAUACACACACGCUAGCUGGAUGAAGUUGGGGGAUCAGUGUCUUUAUUUUAAAUGAACAUUGUACUUUUUCAUGAUGUUGCCAGGGACCAUGACCAUAGCAACAUAUAUAUACCAGACAUUUGGUUGGUUUAAAAGAACAAAAAUAUAAAUAUACAGUAUAAAUAUAUAUAUAUAUAGUUGACACUUCUAAAAUAUUCCUUUUUUUUUUCUUUUUGUGUUGAAUGAAAGAAAUUGAGAUUUUCAGCACUCAGCUGACAACUUUAUUUGUGGUGAUGGAUUUGGAUUUUUUGGGAAUGGAAAUGAUACUGACGUAACGUGGGGGUUUUGCUUUUACCGGGGAGGAUGUGUAAUGAUUCCUGUGUUGAUAAUGGAAGACAUGUCGCUUGUUAAUGUAAAUUUACCCACACAUACUGACAGACAUACUGAACACACACACUAAUCUUCCAACAUUUCAUAGUGAACACACACAAACUUAUAUAACAUGGUGAUGUUUUUUUUUUUUCUAUUUCUUUUUUUUUCUAGCUAGUCGUAACAUGAACUUUUUGUGGGUAAAAAUAUAAUAUCUGUAUUCUACUUUGAUGUGAACUGAACUCGUCUGUUUUUAAUGUUUAUUUUUUGUUAUUAUUAUUUUUAUGAUGAUGACAAUGAUGACGAUUUGCCAAAUGUGUUGACACUAAAAAAAAAAAAAGAAAAAAGAAAAGAAAACAUGUAUCAGGGCUUGAAAGUGGAGUGUUUGGAUAUUUUUGGGUGGUACGCCCUUUAAGUGUUUGGACGGUAAAUCCUUGUGGAUGUUCUUGAAUUAAUCCAGGUGACUGUGGCAGCUUGGUUUGAUGAGGAGAAAGUUUAUCCAGGCACAGUGGGAACAUCUUUAAAAUGCUGCAGUAGGACCAGUGAUAGCAGGCAGGGGCCCCUCACGCCCCCCCCUGCUAUCAGUCACCCUUCCGGGUUAAAUAAGGGUCUAAUAGGUGCUACAGUGCUUAACCAGCCCAGUGGGAAGUGGUGUGAAGUAGAACUGAACAAGCCGGCGUACACGCAUCGCUCACGUCUCGUGCAGCUGCCUGCAGGAUAUUUCCCUGCGCCUCCGGGCUGCUGAAAAGAUGAUGAUUUAUUCAUGCGUGUUGACCUUUAUUUAUCCGGGGAAGGUUUGCUGAGCCCACUUGCUCUAUUCCAGCUCCACCCUGCGUCACAUUUUUUACAGCUAGAGUCCGAGCAGCUCCACUAAAACAGCUGGGGGGAAAGUGCCUCACUCCAAGGCGACUAAACAGUGGCUGUUAAGGGAAAGGAGAACAUUUCUCACUCACCGUCUACACUCCGUAGCCACAUGGACGUGUUAAUAGCAGCCACUAAAGUAAGGCUAACCAGUGGAGACGCACUCAAAUUCUCAGCCCCGUAGAAUCAUGUUAAGUCUUCGUACAAAAAGCUGAAACUGCAAUAAAAUCAGAAUUGAAUUGCAAUAUUGCAAUAUUUUGUAGAAGUUCCACUGCAAUCGAUGGGGCGUCCCAGCAUGGACCGGGGACCUUAGGACAGACGGCCUACAGACAGAUGACAGGACAGCCUUUACGAAGUGCAGUCUGAUUUUUUAUUAUCAACGCAUGGCAAGGGCUACAUACAGAGAUACAUACACAAACCAUGCUCCGUUUAUGCUGGCCCUCUGCUGGUUUAUUACUAACACCAGGGCUCUGUCUGCCAGCUAUUACUGCAUACUAUCCAGUCGGCACCUGAACUUCACCUCUAGCUGAGAAUAGCUUGAAGUUUCAUUCCAGAAUAAGCAGAUUUUGCAGUUGCAUCAUCAAUAGAUUAGAUAAUGUAUGUAGUGGGAAUACACCAAAAAGACUGUAUAUGCACUCCUGCUGAGUAGCAUUAAGGAUUUAGUAUGUGUAGUCCUACUGCAUACUAAACAGUAGGUUCUCUGUAUAUUUCUACCGCACAUUUAGUAAGUAGUAUGCAUUAUCAGCAUGAGCAGACAGAUCCAUGGACACAUUCUGCCAUUUGAUGUGGAAUGGUUGCUGUUUUUCUCUCUAACCUCUUUUUUGUGUCUCUGAUUCCGCCGUGUAACUUUAAUGACAUGAAUAAAAUAAACUUUAGGGCUGUGUCAGA